UGCUUGCAGGAGGCAAUAAAUGGAAUUGUACAACCACGCGUUAUCCCACCUCCCGGAAAACCAACUCGACAUACAAAUCAGUUGGAAUUCAUCCAUAAAGAAGUUUUGAAACCAGCGAUGCGCCAUAAACAUGCAUGGCCGUUUACAAAGCCCGUCGAUGCUCUCCGACUCGGUUUGCCGGACUAUCAUAAAGUGAUAAAACGACCAAUGGAUAUGAAUACUAUCGAGAAACGAUUAAAGAACGUUUAUUAUUACUCUUCAAAAGAUUGCAUGCAGGACAUAAUGAUCAUGUUCAACAAUUGCUACACGUACAAUGCACCCGAAUAUGGGGUGUAUUCGAUGGCGAAAACCCUCGAACGGUUCAUAUUGGACAAGUUGGCCGCGAUGCCCGCCGAAGAUUUUGAGGCCAUUUUUGCAAAUUGCUACAAGUUCAAUCAGAACGAAGAUGAUGUCUCUUUAAUGUGCAAGAAUAUCGAGAAUCUGUAUCGCGAAAAGAUCAAAUUACUUCCUUCACAGGAAGUGGAAAUAGCCAGGCCGACAACAAAGCGAGGUGGUGGUAAAAUGGCAAGGAAAGGUGCAUCGGGGCGUGGAGGUGCGACAGCACGAGGAGCAAGUGCAAGUCGUGAAUCAUCCGUGUCUGUACAACGAGGUGCUGCUGACAGUUCGUCAUUGCUGGACACGGCAUCGGAUGGCGCUUCUGCUGUCGCCGUUUCAUCGGCUCCGGUCGACGAUGUGCAUCCGUCUCCGUCCGUAUCUACCGCAACUGCACCUGUCCCUCCCGUUAUUCAAUCUAAAAAAGGUGUCAAGAGGAAAGCUGAUACAACUACAUCGUUUGGAGAAGAAUCGUCAGCAGCUGCUGCGAAGAUCUCGACAAGACGAGAAUCUAGUCGGCCACCCAAAAAGCCGAAUUAUUUUAUUGAUUACAAUCAGUUAAAGCCUAGAUUCAAGGGCAAGUGGACUGAACAAAUGAAGUACUGUCAAAGAAUCAUCAAUGAGGCCUUCUCAAAAAGUGUAUCUUUAUUACAGAAGUGUAAAUCAUUCACAUGGCCAUUCUUGGAACCGGUUGAUGUGGAAGGUUUGAAACUGCAUGAUUAUUAUGAUAUUGUAAAACAACCCAUGGAUCUCGGAACUAUCAGGCGGAAGAUGGAAGCACGGCAGUAUGCGACUCCGGAUGAAUUGAAGGAAGAUAUAUUGCUGGUUUGUGAAAAUUGUUUUAAGUAUAACCCCCCGUCAGAUCCUGUUCAUCAGCAUGGAAAGACACUUCAGAAGUACUUCGAAGAGAAAUGGCGACAUAUGCCAGAGGAACCCGUAACCGAAGCAGAACCGCAGCUGUGUGUGUCUGGAGUGAGUAUGAGCGGAUCGUCCUCGUCAUCGUCGCAUCACAAUACUAGUGGUGGAUCGUUGAUAAAGGAGGAAAGUUUGAGUAAUACAAGUGGCGGUGUUCCUUUGAUACCGCUGGACGUUAGUGGAGUUGUCGAUAAUGAUGACCACAUUGAUCUCAUUUUGUUUGCGUUACAAGCCGAACAGACCAAAUUCCAAGAAAGGAUCACUGAAUUACAACGUCACUGUCAAGAAAUAUUUUCACUCAGGAUUAAGCGACGUGAAGCACAGGCGAACCACAAACCGGUGCCAGUGCUGUCAGCAGACACAGUUAAUAUGUUGCAGUCGUUGGUUAGUACUCCGUUCACAUUUUUGACGUCCAAUGAUGCGAUGCCGUUCCUUCCAUCUGCGACAGCCAUAUCACCCGGUACAUCAGCCGCAGCAGUAGCAGCAGUUCAGUCAUCGAUUCUUGCUAAUACGACAGUGAAAGCACCAGUUACUAAUAUGAUCGUUCAACAAGCACCACCAUCCAAAAAGAAGCCUGGACGACCAGCUCGUAACUACCAUGCAGCAGCUGUAGCAGCCACCACAACACCGCUUAUGUCAGCAGGUAUAAUAGCCCAAACUCAACAUGCAUCUGCACUGAAUGAACGUGAUGCGGCGCAUUUAAAACGUGAUCAAUUGCAUCAAUGUUCUGUUAAUGCUAAAACUUCUAUUGCACAUCGACAAAUUGCAGUUAAUGAUAGUACUGUUGCAUCAACACUGUCUGCGGUUGCUAGAGGAGGUGUCGCUUCACAAGAAAAGACUACUGCUAGUGUUCUGAAUGCUGCGGUGCCACAAGAUCACACGGCUGCGGCUAUCUUAGCACAACAGGCGCAACCGACCGCCACACCGUCAAGGAAGCGAGGAAGGCAACCGGGUUCGAAGAACAAACCCAAGGCAGACGCACAAGCCGUGCCGGUCGCUGCUCGAAUGCAACACCACCCUCCACAGCAGCAGCCACAACAACAACAGUCAAUCAGCAGUGCAUCCACCACCAACGUGUCGUCUGCAGCUGCCGCCACGAACGCAUCACUACUGCACCAACAACAGCAGCAAAGACGUAUUCGUGAGGAUUACGACUUCGAUAGUGAAGAUGAACACAGUGCUGAGCCGAUGAGUUACGAUGAAAAAAGACAACUCUCGCUCGAUAUCAACAAACUACCGGGCGAUAAACUCAGCAGUGUGGUGAGCAUAAUAGAAUCACGAGAAGCGUUGCGUGAUUUCAACCCAGAAGAGAUAGAAAUCGAUUUCGAAACUCUAAAGCCGACAACACUCCGAGAAUUGGAGGCAUUCGUUGCUGCAUGUCUGAAGAAGAAGCCAAGGAAGCCGUACACACCGAAGUCGCAGAAAGAUGUCGAUAAUAAGAAACGAGAAUUAGAAGAAAAGAUAAAAGGAUUGGGUGGUGUUGUGAAUGCCACAUCUUUAGUUCAAAACGGUGCACGCGCAAAGACAAGCUCAGUUGGUGGAAGAGGAGAUGCAUCUUCAUCUGAAUCGUCAUCCAGUGAUGAUUCAUCUUCGGACUCAUCUUCUUCCGAUUCGUCGGACAGCGAAUCAGAGCAUGAACAGCCACAAAAUCAACGUGCAGUGCAGCCAGCGCCUCGCUCAACAGCGCAACAGCCACAACAACCGGUGCAGUCGAUUACUAAACUAGAAAAGAAUGAAUCUAUCAAAGUCAAGACAGAGCCGAUAGCUGCUGCUGCUGCAUCACAACCAACAGCAAACGCCACCACCACAAACGCAACACUGCACAAUCAACGAACCCAACCGCAAACCAAUCUUCCUGCCUCUAUCACUAACGCCAAUGCCCCGCACGUAAACAGUUCCAUUGUGAGUGGAAUUAAUAAUAUUAAAGAAGAGAAAAAGGAUGAAGUGCAAAUAACCACAUCGCAUUCACAUGUGCACAGCGGUGCGGCACCGUUGUUGACGACAACCAAUUCACAGCAGCAAUUACCCACUAUCGGAGGAUCAAUUCUCGACCAGUUAUUACCAGCUAAACAAAACGAAAUGGACGAAAAGGGAAAUGUCAAGAAAUUAGUUGGUUGGGAUAAUUUGGCAAAGAAAAGUCAAAGUGGUUCGUUGAAUUACGAUUCGUCGUUUGAAUUAUUCAAAAAGCAAGCCAGAGAAAAGGAAGAAAAGCGUAAGCAGUUGAAAGUGGAGGAGGAACGGCGAAAGAAACUGAAAGAGCAAGAGGAGCGUGAACGGGCCAAAGAAGAGCAUUUCAGCACUUCAGUUGAACGACGCCGUCGAGAAGCGAUGACAACAGGUGGAGAUGUGACAAGUCAAAUGGAUCUGAUGCUUAAUUUCGAGGCCACUUUUUAG